AUGGGUUUUCUGGGCCCUUUUUUCUCUUGUCUCGGCGACAUCUUGCGCAUGCUGUCCUUUCUGUACAAAGAUCGACAUCUAGAACGCCACACUUUCAUCCGUAUUGCCGGAAUGUUCUGGGAUCUGCAGGGCUACUCCCAUAUGCAGACACUGAUCGAAGAUGGGACUCGGGAUGACGCGCUGGUAUACACUCAUCGCUCGUUUGAGACAUAG